AUGGCCAACAACGAUUCAACCCGCGGAUCUGAUUCGGAGCCAGGCCCGUCAUCCGCAACAGUGGAUUUCAUAGCAGAUUCGGCUUCAAACCCACUAGCUUUAGAAAUAGACUGGAAUACCACUGACAAUGAUUCUGCCUAUGGCGAUGAGGUCUCCACAUACACCUCUUCCAUUACUUCGUCUGUGAUGGACUUCCCAGAGAUUGAAGGAAGGAGGUAUCAUGCAUACCGACAAGGCCGCUAUGCUUUACCCAACGACGAAGAAGAAAACGAGAGAUUGGACAUACACCAUGCUCUAAUAUAUACGGCAAUGGAGGGCAGAUUGUUCUAUGCACCUAUUGGUCAAUCGCCCCAACGGGUACUUGACAUAGCAACAGGGACGGGCAUCUGGGCUAUGGACUUUGCUGAUGAGUUCCCUUCCGCGGAGGUUUUGGGCAAUGACCUGAGCCCUACCCAGCCGACACUGUUCGUCCAUCAAUCCCUAAGCUCUACUAUGUUGACGCAAGAUAGUGUGCCACCUAAUCUAGAAUUCAUCGUCGACGAUGUCGAAGACGAAUGGGGCUACGAACAUCAACCUUUUGACUUUAUCCAUGCACGAUUCUUGGCCGGCGCCAUCCGUGACUGGCCAAAACUGAUGCGACAAGCGUUGGAUUGCACUAAACCCGGCGGUUGGGUGGAGUUUCAGGAUUGGGACACGUUCCUUUACAGUGCAGAUAACUCCAUGCCUCUUGAUAGUGCUAUCAAUCGAUUUCAUCAGAUGUCAGGAGGUGCGAGAGAAGCUAUGGGAUACAGCAUGUGUCCAGGCCGUCACCUCCAAAGGUGGAUGACAGAUGCAGGAUUUAUCAACAUCAGCUGUACCAAAAUUCUACUGCCUUUGGGAACCUGGGCCAAGAAUCGACAAGCGAAAAAGAUAGGAGCAUACAACCUGCUGCAAAUGCAACAAGGUCUAGAAGGGAUUCUGCUGGGCACUUUGCCCCACGCCAAACCUAGACCUUGGAGCAAGGAUGAGAUCAUGGUCUUUCUUGCAGACAUUCGGAAGGACUUUCAGAAUCCCAAAAUUCAUGGACAGUAUGAUUUGUGA